GCUGAGCAAUAGAUCAUUUAUUGUGGUAUAAACUAUAUUAUAAUAUAUUUAUCAUAUAGCACAAUAAAAAUUAUUAGCUUCAAACUACUUUGACGAUGAGGCAGUUUAUUAUACUCGCCUUCAUCGGCGUGCUCUUGAUGAAGGAUGCCACAUCGUUGAAAAACGAGAAAAGUGCUUCACGUUUGGCAUGGUUGUUUGGUUUAAAAAAUAAUAAAUUAAAUGAAAAUGAGAAGGAAAUCGAGCGGACCGUAUGCCAAAGUCAGGAAUGUGAAAAAUUCGCUCAGAUAUUAUCAUCGAGCAUAGAUCCAUCUGUGGAUCCAUGCAACGAUUUUUACGAAUACGCUUGUGGUAAAUGGCCGGAAGCCAAUCCCAUUCCGGAAGGAAGACGUUCCUGGAAUUCGCUCAAUAAGGCACAGGAAAGCGUUACAAAGAAAAUACAAGAGAGUUUGGACGAGGGUCCUAAGAUCGAUGAUAUUUUAGCGGUAAGACUUGCGAAGCAAUGGUACACUGUCUGCAUGGAUACAGCUUCAAUGGAUAGACAAGGGCUCGAUCCAAUUGUCCAUACCCUAGCUCGAAUGGGCGGCUGGCCGAUAACGAUGGACACGGAAGAAUGGAAUGAAAAAGAAUACACCUGGCAAAAAGUGGACGAUCAAUAUAUGCGCUUGAUGGGAAGAAAUGCUUUUCAUGAUGUGCGCAUAAACACGUACUCUUCGGACAGUUCCGACAGUUCGGAGAAUUCGGACAGUUCGGACAGUGCGGAAAAUUUUGGAAAAAUACAUAUCGAUACUCCGCAUUUACCUCCAUAUUCAUACAGACUUAUGAGCUCUUUGGAGUAUGAGAGUGAAGAAGAUGAAAGCGACGAAGAUGUGAGCGAUGAAAAUAAGAAUAGCGGCGAGCAAGACAGUCAAGAACCUGGAAGUGAAGAAGAAACUGAUAAAAUUAUAAAUAAAAACGAUAACAAUAAAAUUGAUGAUGAUGAUGAUGAUGAUUAUGAUGAUGAUGAUGAUGAUGAUGAUGAUGAUGAUGAUGAUGAUGAUGAUGAUGAUGAUGAUAAUAAUAACAAUGACAAAGAUGAUGAAUUGGAAUUGGAAUUACAAAACGAAGGGAGUAAUAAUGAUGAACAUACUAAGAAGAAAAUUGAUAAGAAAAAGGCCGGCAAAUUUACACAAAAGAAAAACAAGAAAUUAGAACAUAGUAAAAAAGCGAAGAGCGACAUUAAUUCUAAGAAACAAGAGAAUCAUAAAACGAAGAAACAGAGAAUAAAAAGACGGGCAGUAACAACGACUCUUCGUGAAAAAUUACAUGCGCGGAAAAACAAAAAAAAUCAUGCGAAGAAAGAACAUAAGGAAAGACUAGAGGAAAUCUUAGAGACGACAACACAAACAGGUGACAGCAUAAGCGAAGAAACGACUAAUGAAGAAUCGACUAUUGAAGAAAUGGAUAAUAAAGAAAUGGAUGAUGAUGUCGAUGUGAUACAGCUAUACGCUAAUUACAUUUUGAAUGUAGCUCGCGCUAUUACUAAAGCAAGAGGCAUACCAAUUUCGGAGGAACACAUGCAGCAAGAUAUUCAAAACAUGAUCGAUUUUCAAUUGCAACUAACAAAUAUCGCUUCGGAUUUCUCUGACGAUCUGGAGAUAACGCUCGAUGAAUUUCAAGAAUGGUAUGAGAAAAAGAAAUCUAAGAGUCCCAAGAGCAAAAUUAACUGGCCAUACAAGAUCAAAGAAUUGUUCGACGAGGCCCACGUACCAAACAUUGAUAGCAGUUUAAAUGUGGAAAUUGGAUCACCAGGUUACUUUAGAAGUCUCGUAUCUUUGUUGGACAAAUCGUCGAGUCGAACGAUCGUGAAUUAUAUACAUUGGAACUUUUUGAGCAAUAUAUUAAAAACUACUACAAGCGAAAUGAGAAAAUUGUACGAUACAUGGGAAAUGGAAGGAGUGAAAGACGAAGAGAGUGAAGAAGAUAAUGAAUACAGAUCAUCGAGAUGCAUAAAUGAAGUAGAAAUGAGCGAUAUCACAGCGUAUGUGUAUGUGACGAAACAUUUCGACGAUGAAAUCGCAGAAACUGCAGUAGACAUGGUUGAUGAUAUACAAAAAGAAGUUGAAUAUCAAAUUAAAGAAUCAAAUUGGAUGGAUGAAAAGACCAAGGAUUUCAUUUUAGCAAAAUUAGUGAAUAUGGAUAAAUUUAUUGGAUAUCCAGAUUGGUAUAAAAAUAGCACUAUCAUUAAACGAUAUUAUCAAGGUCUCAUGCUCGUUAACUCAUAUUAUGAAAAUACGCUUAGCUAUAAGAGAUAUUACAAAUGGAAGAGGUUACGGAGAUUGACGGAGAAUCCAGAGGAUUAUGACUCAAGGUGGCUAAAUCCUUUAAUAGUAAAUGCCUAUUUCUCGCCAUACGAUAACAUGAUAGCUAUCACGGCAGCGGAUUUCCAGAGCCCGUGGUUUGACUACGAUCGACCGCAAGCUAUUAAUUAUGGUAUGGUUGGAUCAAUUAUGGCUCACGAAGUUAAUCACGGAUUCGACGAUGAUGGACUUUUGUAUGACAAGAAUGGUGAUUCCGUGGAAUGGUUAGCUGCGAUGGCUCAAGCAUACAACAAAAAAGUGGGGUGUUUUGUGGAUCAAUUUAAUAAUUAUCCCAUCGACAAAGAAACAAAUUUUAUAAUAGAGAAUUAUGGCAAUAAAACGAUAGGCGACAAUAUGGCGGAUUCAAUGGGAUUAAUGGCUGCGUAUAGGGCUUAUAAAAGGAGAGAAAGGGAGUGCAAGAAACCGGACACCGCAUUGCCAGGCCACGAAGACAUAACUAACGAUCAACUUUUCUUCUUAUCUUUCGCUAAUUUAUGGUGCGGAAUUUCGGAUAGAAAUGCUACCAUAUCUAAAGCCAAGUAUGAUAAUCAUAGUCCUGGACGGUUGAGAGUAAUAGGAUCCGUUUCAAAUUCAGAAGAUUUUGGCAAAGCUUUCAAUUGUCCGAUUGGCAGUCCGAUGAAUCCCGAGAAAAAAUGCAACAUUUGGAAGUAAUCGAAAGAAAUAUUGCAAAUUAAUUUACAUAUAAAUAUCUUGCAAAAAUUAUCUACUCGAAUGUAUCAAUAAAUAAAAUAAAAGCAUGCCUAUAAAUGUC